CCUAAUCUUCAGUUCAAUCCUCUCGAUCGGAAUCCCAAUCGUCUCUCAAAAUUCAGAGAUCACAGAUCGGAGAUCAGAGAUUAACAAUGUCUUCCAGUCCGCCUUUCAAAUCCAGGCCAGAAUCCAAGUACACCAAGGCCAAGAGGGCGCUCCGGUCCCUCGCCGUCUCCGUCGCCAUUCCCCUGUCUCUCACCAUCACCGUCAUCUUCCUCUUCGGCUCCGGCCGCCAUUUCCCCAAUCGGAGCCGCCCGGUGUGGAUGGCGCCGCUCUGGUUCCUCCAUCUAUCGUCGAUCGGCUCCUCCUUCCUGAUCGGGCUCUCCGCCUGGCUCGUGUGGGCCGACGGCGGAUUUCACGGCAAUUCCACCGCCCUGCCGCUCUACAUCGCGCAUCUCGCCCUCAGCGUCGUCUGGAAUCCUCUGGUACUCGUGAUUCGCGCCGUUCUGCUUGCGUUUCUGUUCUGUGUUUUGGAUUUCAUUACUCUGUUUGCCUGUUAUCGGAGCUUCAAGCGAGUGAAUCCGUUCGCUAAGGAUCUUAUUAAGCCCUGUUUGGCUUCCACUGCGUAUCUCUCUGCAGUCACUUACGUGUUGAUUCAUCUUUGAGGUUUUUGUUUGCCGAUUUGUUCAUCAGAUUUAGGAAGUUGUAGGAAUUUUUUGAAGACCACGGUACAAAAACUUUUUAGGAGAUAUCAAAUUUUUGUAAAAUUAGCUUAUUGGUUCUUCAGUUCUUUAUCAAA